CUACUUCCUCAACCACAGUAAGUAUCCUGGAGGAACGCAGCAGGACGCCUCCGAGUGCGCCACCUUCCUGCUGGAAGGCUUGAACAACGCCCAGGACCUGCGCACGAAAGUGUUCGGCUCGGGAGCCGGCGGGGCCGUCGGUGACCAGAUCCUGUGCGAGGUGUCUCCCGACGCGCAGGUAGCAGCGGCGGCAGCCAAAGUCAAUGUUGCGGGAAUGCUGAUGCUUUCUUUGACAGGAGACGCGGCCAUCGCGGCGCCUUCUCCUGCGCUGUUGCUGCGCGUGGAGAAUACCCACGAGCUCGGCGGCGUCCGGCAUUCCGUCACUGCCAGGGCAGAUUGGGGCACGGCAGAGUUUGAGGUGACGGUGGCUGGUACUGAGGACAGCGUCACGUAUCGCGUCGCCUCGUUCGUGGCGCACGAGGCAGCAGGAGACGUCUCCGCCGACCAGAGGAUGCAGUCUGGCCAUUACGUGACCUUCGUGCAGUCGAACGACGCCUGGUUCAAGAUGAACGACGAUAAGGUGACCUGGCUGAGCGAGCCACCAGAGCAUUUCCCAUUCCUCGUCUUCUUGACGCGCGUCGACACCGGCAGGCGACUGCGCGGUAAAAAGGCGCGGGCUGACCCUCGCACCAUGCUGGAUCUCUUGACCGGCAAGGUGGCCGAGGCCGCAUCUGUGGCCCAGCGGCAAGCAGACCGACGUGCCCGGGGGCCAACCAGACAGGCCCGCGGGCCAGAUCCGGGCGGCGCGGGGAAUCAGGCCGGCCUUCACCGGGACCGCAGUGGCCGGGACCAGGGCGGCCGACAGCAGGACCGAAGCGACAGACAGCAGGACCGAAGCGGCAGACAGCAGGGCCAGAGCGGCCGACAGCAGGACCGAAGCGGCAGACAGCAGGACCGAAGCGGCUGGCAGCAGGACACAGACACGCAUGCCCGUGGCAAAGAAGCUUUACGGGCCGGAAAGGCGCGACUGCUGGCAGACGAGAACGUCAAGCGCAGGUGGACGAGAUCUGGCCAGGGGGACAAUCGAGACCGCACCCGACUCGAUCACUUCGCUGAAACCCAGGACCCGAUCCGCAGGUAUGAACAUACCCGUGAGCUUCGCCGCAAGGAAUCCACAGAGAAGGUCAAGACCUGGGACAUGCGGGCUCGGCCCACUCAACCUGUGCCGUGCCAAUUGUGCCAGAACGCAGAAUUCAUCUGCAAGGGCGACUGGCUCGAGCACGUGAGCAAGGAGCACGGGGGGGAACAGAGGUACCGCAAUGCUUUCUUCGCGCUCGAGUCGCUGUGUCCGCACAAGACCACCGGCCAGGAGAUGAGGCUCAUCAUCAGCAACUUCACGGAGUUCUACACUCGCGGAGCCAUGGGUUGGGACGGGCUUUCGGAGGAGAUGACGGCGCAGGCCAACUCGGACGAAGGACUGCCCCGAGACCAGAGGUGGGGGCCCAGAUGCUUAAAGGCUUGCGUUUUCUGCGCGCGACGCCAGUGGUCGGAGGACGUCCAGGCAGUGUACCUGGCCGGGCCGCACUGCUUCAUGAAGGACCCAGAGGCCGUGGCUGUGCUGCUCGACCCAGAGACAUACCACGAGGCUUGGAACCUCAUCCCGAAGAAAGAGCUGCUGGCGUCUGCAGUGAACAUGAGGCUCGGAGACUCGCAGAUGCGCAGGCUCGUGCUCCUCCACAAGCGCCGAGUGAAUGAUGCGCAAGCCAGCGGGGGCGAGAAAGUGACCGUCUGCCAAGAGUGCUUCGACAACUUCAGGAAGAAAGAGCCCACGAUGAGCAAGUACGCUCUGGCGAACCACACGUGGAUUGGCCGCUGGCUCCCGCUGUUCCGAGACACGACGCUGGCGCACGAGAUGCUGCUCGCUCUGGCGCGGGUGGUUGCCACCAAGGUUGUGCUGCGGCCCGACGAGCGCUCCAAGGUUGAGACUGCCGGCCCUCAGACCGCGCGCUCUUGGGACUUCCUUUUCCACCAGUCUGGCUUCACGGGAUGCGCUGUGCUGUUCGGGAACGCCUCCUGCACCGAGGCCUUGACGCGGUUCCCGACCCCUGAUCUGGGGAAGUCUUUUGCCGUCACUUUCACGGGGCCGUCUCCCCAGGGCGACGAGCGCGCCGACGAGGCCCUGCGCAGAGGCCGCGCCCGCGUCAGCCGCAUUGCUCAGCUCCAGAUCGAGAAGUCCGCGUUCGACGCCCAGGCGGCCUACCUUCGGAAGACCAACGUCGUAUACGCCGCGACCACUUACGACGCCGACCUCGUGGUCCCCAUGGACACCGACGACCCUGGCGCGGUACUGUCCAGCGGGCCCGGGGACGCCACGGCGGCGGGGCACGCCGACAAGGUCGACGAGGACGUCGCGCUCGAGCGCCAGUCCAGAGUGGUGGCCGCCUUCCACCCCGAUGACAUCCCCGGCGCCAAGGCUCACGAAAGCUGCAUGCAGAUCACGGGCCUGCAGCACCAGCUGGAAGAGCUCGACGCCGCCGCAGCACGGUCGGUGGAGGCGGAAGCGGAGUCCAUCCUGGAGUCGCAGUUGGACGGCAACGAGUCCUGCCUCCAGGACGAGGCCGGCCGAGAGCGCAUACUUGAGCUCUGCGCCAAGCUUCGGAAGCCACGCAGUAAGCCGUUCUCUCUGUUCAACUGGGAAGCCACGACGCAGGCUCGACCCACUCUUUGGCACUGCGGAGACGGAGCCUUUGGCGAUCCGCAGCGAGCCAAUGCUCCGUAUGUCCCGCUCCUGCCCGUGGAAUGGAUCACGUGCUUGCUCAUGCGCGAGGGGCUCGAGUACACGGUGGACGGGGAAAGCGACGAGCACAAGUACGCCUUCCUGAAGAGCGGCGGCAUGAAGUUCGCCGAACAGCUCUUGAAGUUGACGUCGGAAGAAAUCGCUGCCGCCGCUCGUUCGCGGCAUGCGCGGGGUGGUCAUAUUCACGGGCUUCGCAACUUGGCAUCCGAGCAAGAGUUCCCUCACAACCCCUCUGCGGCCAUGAAUGCCUUGCAGAUGGGCCACGCAGACGUCAUGGGCACCGACGGGCACCGCCGACUGUGCCGGCACGAGGGGAAUGCCUACAUGACCCUGUUCGGCGAGCCGGUCGUGUUCUGCACUCCCAACCUUGCGGACACGAAGCAGCCGUUGCUCCUCGUCGUCCAAGGGGAAGAGAUUCGUCUCGAGGACAGUUUCAUCGCUGGCAACGAGACCCUGCCGAAGUACCGAGACAUGAUGAAGAGGCUUGCCAGAGAUCCAGUGGGGCAGACGCUCGUGUUCGACAAGAUGAUGAAGCUGUUCUUUAUACAUGUCCUGGGAGCACGACCAGAGCUCAUGAAGAAUCGGCGUCGCUCGCGGCCUUCUGCCGAUCAGUGCACGGACGGCGUUGCGGCUUCUUCUUUCGGGCCGGGCAUCUUCGGCCCCGUGCUCGCUUUCCGUGGGGAGAUCGAAGCGCAGGGCAGGGGGUCUCUACAUCCGCACAUCCUCGUGUGGUUACUUGGCAUGAGACCAGCAGACGUGUUGCGACUGCUGCGGAGAAAGCCUGGCCCCCCGCAGACCCGCCUGGCGACCUGGAUGAAGCAGCGCGUGUCGUCCAUGCAGUCCACGUGCCAGAGUUCCGUGGUGAGAGCGCCCCAGAGGUUCGGUCACCUCGACCAGGUCGCGGACCCGCUCCGUUUCUCUAAGACAGAGCAACGAUUGACCCGGUACGACGGCGGCAGCGAGAUCGACGCCAUGCGCGACGAUCUCCAACAGUCUGGCGUGGAACCCACGGAAGAGCAGAGUCGGCUCUUCGAGGACGAGGCCGAGAAGGCAGCCUGGAGCAGACCUGAGUUGCCUCUCAAAGACAAGUCCGUCACGCAGUGGGGCGCAGCAGGGGGCAGCAAGCCGAAGUCCGGAUCCACGUACUCCAAGGUCAUCUCCGAGUUUGCCGUCUUCCGGUGUCCGGACCAUCGCAGGCGCGGUACGCUCCGUCGCCGCAGUGAUCUCAGCGCCGACGAGCAGAGCGCGCACUCGUGGGAGCAGGCUUUCACGGAGGACGCGAGGUCCUUGGCUGAAGAGAUCCUGGUGCACGUGUGCGGGGAGAGCUGCUUCAAGUACAGCGGCGUAAAGGAUCUACGGCGCCUUCCCCCAGUGCAGCACUGGCCCCAACCAGAGGAGGAGCUCCCGCAUCUCGGCAACCGGCCAACUCUCGGAUACACGAACAGCUACGAGUGGGUCGAAAACGACUACUUGCCGAGGCGCCCCCUCGAGAAGGGCAACCUACCCGCCGAGCCUUGCGCAUUCACGGAAGCGUUUACUCCUGAGGAAUGGAGAGACAUACUCCUGGAGCGCAUGCGGUCGGACGACGCAACGGACGCACAGGACAACGAGCUCGCGAAUUCCAUGGAGCGAGAGUCCACGGCCGCGAUGUGCGACGGCAUCAACACUGGCUUUUACAUCAAUGCGUACACCACCAAGCAGCUGCCGGACCUGCAGGGGGCCCUCGAGGAGCUGCGCAAGGGGAUCGAGCGCCUGGAGCUCCGGCGGGAGGAAACGCAGGAGGCCACCAAGAAGCGACGAUGA